GUGAAGGCCAUCAUAGAAACCAGGAGGUACAAAAGCCUCUUGCAUCCCUUGCAUGCAUCUCCUCACUACUUCACUCCCACAAAAAUAACACAUCCCUCCAAAUUCAAUCCCACACACCCCAAUCCAUCACAAUGGCCACUCUUCACUACCUCCCUCCUGUCAAGCCUUCGGCCAUUGCCCUCGGCACUGCCUUCAACCACGCCGUCUCCCUCGCUGUGCUUGGUCCCGUUUUCGGUGACGCCUACCGCAAGGCGCAGGCCGCCAACUCCAAGGAGGAGUACUUCAACUCCAAGGAGGCUGCCACCGCUGCCGCCUCGUGGGGUAGCUCCCUCGUCGGUUCCGCCAUCCAGUCUUACGGUGUCGGUGCUUUGAUCAACGCUACCGGAACUCUCACCUACAAGGGCUCUGCCUACCUCGGUGCUCUCAUCUUCUUCGCCUCCUCUGCUCCUUCCGUCGUCUCCCAGGUCCUCACCGAGAAGCGCCCUCUUGACACCAUCGCCAUCGGCGCAGUUGCCCGCGUCUUUGAGACUGUCGGUCUCUCAAUGUUCCUCACCUACUGGGGAACCCGCACCAACCCUUUUGACUAAGCGUGUGCAUGAUGAUGUAAUGGUAGAGAGGAGUUAAUACGGUUUCUUGCGGCUAGGAUAAAAUGAGUCGACCUUUUCUUAUGAUGAUGAAUCAAGGAUCGGUAUAGCCUUGAUCACGAUUGUUUUUUUGGCAUGAUAUGUAACAAUACAACAUUCAAUUGUACCAUACUACGACCCUUUGCCAUGUGUCUUUGUAUCGUGAUGAUUUGAUGAUGUCGUUUCUGAUUAUUCGUACAACUUGCCAUUCCAUUAUUGAUGCUUGUUCGAUUCACAUGAACCAAUUGCGUGUCUACCUAGGUAUCUAUGUCAGUACAUGUAGGUGUACAUGGAUAGCGCACUUGUCGUCAGCCAUCAUGAUAUUCGGAUAAGUAUCACAAACAACGUGCAAUAUAUAUCUUUAAUAAGCAGCACGCAGCACCAUUUAUUCCUCUCCUCCAAUUUGCCUUCUUCAUUGGCUGACUCUCCCUCGCUUCAUUCGGCCUUCCGAGGACAGAGCAGAGUAGUCCAGGAGAUCGAUUGUAUAUACUCCAUCUAUGUCCUCGUUAUUGCUCGAGUCGCCCUUC